UUCAGCAUUUCAUUUCCCACUUCUUGCAGUGCUUUUUCCUUAACCAUUUAAAACAUAAAUAUCCACACACGUAUCCACCUUUUUUCUCUGUAUUCUAUUUUAUUUUUGAUUGAAGUUUCUCAAUAUGGGGGAUACUAACCAUGAAGACAUUGUUCAGUUCUGUACUAUCACCUCUGCAGACCCUGAUGUCGCCUCAAACUAUUUGACAGUCUGUGAAGGAUCAUUGGAGCGUGCCAUCACAUUAUACAUGGAAAGCGGCGGCGUUGACUUGGCAGGAACAACACCAGUAACCAACAACAAUAGCGGUGAUAAUGCGAGUACUCGUCGCUCACGGAAUUCAUCUAACAGUGGAUCUCCAGGUGGAUAUCUCGAUCAGGACGAAGAGCUAGCGCGUUCACUUCAGGAGGAGGAUACAAAAGCCGCGAGCACUAUUCGUGCACCGAUAGCACCUAGACACGAAAUGUUGAUUAGUGAUGAUUAUGGCGAUCGGUCGUCACCUCUUUAUGGCGGAUCUUCUCGAUCCCGUCCUGCUCCAUCAGUAUUUUUACCUCCUGACUCUUCAAGUUUGGCCCGAGAUGCUUUUCGUGACUUUGCCGCGGAGGCUGCCACAUUAGGGGGUGAGACCAGUCCCAAGACAUCGAGGCUGGCUGAUCUUUUUAAAGCUCCUUUGGAUAUUAUGGCCCGAGGAAAUUUUGAUCAGAGUCGUAAUGUUGCCAAGAAAGAAAUGAAAUGGCUCAUGGUCAAUAUUCAAGAAGCAGGAGUGUUUGCUUGUCAAGUUCUGAACCGUGAUCUCUGGAGCGAUCCAAGUGUGAAGGAGCAUGUUAAAGAGAAUUUUAUCUUUCUCCAAUUCUACUCUGAUAGUGUUGAAGGGAAAAAAUAUGCUGCAUAUUAUCCUCUCCAGACAUUCCCUCAUAUUGCAAUCAUCGACCCAAGAACAGCCGAGAGGAUGCAUGUAUGGAGCAAGACCAUUGAUCCAGUGGACUUCCUCUCUGAUGUAUCCGAAUUUCUUGAAGUUCAUUCGCUCACAGAUUCAACCUCAAAGCCUUCGCAACCAAAGAAAAAGAAGACCGUCAAAGAUGUGUCAGAUAUGACAGAGGAGGAGCAGCUGCAUGCGGCUUUGGUGGCUUCUAUGGGGGGUGAUACUUCAAACGCCGUUGACCUUGGAGAUGAUGAAGUAAACACGCCGAUUUCAGAUUCAUUCGAAGAAGCAACUCCUGUAGAGCCAGAAGUAUCGGUUUUUGACAGUAUAAAACCUGUACGCCACGAGGAGCCUACCGAUCCUGCUACAUCGACUAGGAUUGGGUUUCGCCUUAGCGAUGGUUCACGGCUGAUGCGCCGGUUCCCAAAAGAUGCUCCAGUUCGUGCGUUGUUUGAGUUUGUCAAAGCAGAGGUUGAAGAUGCGCGUACACAAUCAUUUGAACUUGUGUUUAUUGGUAAGCAGCUUUUGGAUGAUGUUGACAAGACCCUUGCAGAGGUUGGUGUGGAGAAUGCACAAAUCAUGGUCCAGAUGUAAAGGACCAAAAUGUAUGAUAUAAUGGAUGAUACGGCAUGAAUCAUGCCAAAUUAGAUGUGUCACAGCAAUCCAUUGCAUAGCCGAGAAAAAAGAAAAUGAAGCGUGGAAGGUUGGCAGAGUCUCACGAGCGAGCGCAGGCAUAGGUACUGGAACGACUGCAAUCGCAUGACCGCUUAAUAUCCUGCGACUGAAGAAUGCAAAAUGCACAAUAAAAAAAAA